CAACGCCACUACUCACAGCAAAAACCAGCCUUUUAAUUUCAAUUCACAUAAAUUAAAAUAAUACAUUAAAUUCAGUUAUUCUUCUUCUUCUUCUUCUUCCUCACUCACACUAUGAAAUAAAUAAAACAUUUCAAACUCGUUUAAAAUUCAGAAUACAAACCCUAAAUCCUAAUCGUGAGCGUUGAAGCUUCGAGAAUGGUUUCUCUUGAAGAAUCCCGCUCGAAUUCGAAUCGUUUUCCUUUACCGAGAAGCUAUCAGUAUCAUAAUCAUUCAUCUGUUUCCUCAAAAUCGCAGCGGAAUAUUGGAAGAUCCAUGCGAACCAGAAGAUCUAGUAUCUUUGAUGAAGAUAACAGUAGUUGCACGUUUACCGAGAGAUCAACGUGUGUAUCGGAGAAUUUAACCGAUUCCGUCGUCGACCUCCGUCUCGGUGAACUCGCUUCCCGGAAUAUUAAAUCCGGUAGGUCCUCUACGACUGAGCAGGACCUUCUCGAUCUUUCACAGGCUUUCAGUGAGUAUUCUGCUUGUAGUAGUGAUAUUUCCGGUGAGCUUCAGCGGUUGGCGACUCUGCCGUCGCCGGAAUGUAAUCUGAAGAGUGAUGGUGGAGGUGAUGGCGAGGAGGAAGUUGAGCCGGAGCCGUGCAUGGGGUUUUUGCAGAGGGAGAAUUUCUCGACGGAGAUUAUUGAGAGUAUUUCGCCGGAGGAUCUUCAGCCGACGGUGAAGCUUUGUAUUGAUGGUUUACAGUCUUCGUCGGUGGCUGUGAAACGUUCGGCGGCGGCGAAACUGAGGCUGCUUGCUAAGAAUAGGGCUGAUAAUAGAGUUCUGAUUGGCGAGUCCGGUGCGGUGCCUUUUCUAGUUCCUCUGCUUCGAUGCACUGAUCCAUGGACGCAAGAACACGCAGUAACAGCGCUUUUGAAUCUGUCACUUCACGAGGAUAACAAAAAGCUGAUAUUCAAUGCCGGUGCGGUGAAAUCGUUGAUUUAUGUGUUGAAAACAGGAACAGAAACUUCAAAGCAGAACGCGGCGUGUGCGCUUCUGAGCUUAGCUUUGGUGGAAGAGAAUAAGAGCUCAAUCGGCGCUUCAGGUGCAAUUCCGCCGUUGGUUUCGCUUCUGCUGAACGGUUCCAACAGAGGGAAGAAAGACGCUCUCACGACACUGUACAAGCUAUGUUCUGUUAAGCAGAACAAGGAGAGAGCAGUGAGUGCCGGUGUGGUGAAGCCGCUUGUGGAGCUGGUGGCGGAGCAAGGGAAUGGUAUGAUGGAGAAAGCAAUGGUGGUGUUGAAUAGCUUAGUGGGGAUUGAAGAAGGGAAGGAAGCGAUUGUGGAAGAAGGUGGAAUAGCGGCACUUGUGGAAGCCAUUGAAGAUGGGUCUGUGAAAGGAAAAGAAUUUGCUGUUUUAACUCUUCUCCAGCUUUGUGCCGACAAUGUUAUAAACAGAGGGUUACUUGUUAGAGAGGGUGGGAUUCCUCCCCUUGUAGCUCUUUCCCAGAACGGAACUCUUCGAGCUAAGCAUAAGGCUGAGACACUCCUUCGAUAUUUGAGAGAAUCAAGACAAGAAGCAUCGACUUCAACUUCUUAGAGAAAUAAUUGCGCAUUUGGGUUAUUAGUUAGGAAGGUAAUUAUACAAUGUAAUUGAUUAUUGUGUAUAUAGUGGUCUGUCUGGUUUGUACAGUGUGGCAAACAUUCUUGGAAGGAUGUUUAUUGAAGUUAGAAGAAGUUAGCAAUCUAAAAGACUAUAGACUGACCUUUAGAUGCAUGAAUAUAGCUAGGUUUGGCAUUUUGCUUUCCCUUGUUUCAAUUUGUUGUGUUUCCUGGAGUUACAUGGCAUAGGUUUGGAUUUCACCGAAUCCACGGCGUGGCGUCACUGCGUGAUAGCUUUGAAGAUAAGUAAUGCUUCAACUGCAUGCAUGGUGCAUGUUCAUCCAACCCAGUACCAAACACAAGCAUGGCCGUCUUUGAGUUUUGGGUUGAUUAGGUUUUCAAAUUUCCUUAGUAUAGAUGAUGACCCUAGUUUUGGCAAAAGGGUUUCUGAUUUUAUCAUUGUAUGUUUUAUCUUCUUCCUAGAUGUUGUGAAAGUGCAGGGCCAGUAGCUUUGUACUACACUGCUAUUUGGAUUAUGUCUGUAUCCGUAGCUCCUUUUGGUUAUAUUGGAGAUUGAGUUUUGUGUAUUUUAAUCUGAUGAUUGCAUGCAUAACUGUAAGCCAGUAGUAAGUCAGCUUCAUCUGUCUGUUUGUACUGAAAGUAUGUAACUCUCAACUGAAGUGUGCUGUUUUUGACAAUUCAAUGUUUCUCUGAGAAACUUUCUCAGCAAAAGUACACAUAUUUUCAUCUCCA